AUGCCCGAAAAGGAUCCAAUUAUAAGUGGAACACCGAAUUUGUUUCGGCCGGGGGAGCAAAUGCUGCUAAACUGUUCGACGGACUACUCGCUACCGCCAUCAGACAUUAAUUGGUACAUCGACGACGUAAUACAAAAGAUCGCGUCGUGGCGCGUACUGCGCGUGCGGGUGCCCGCCACCGCCAGUGGCGCGCUGCGCGUGCGAUGCGAGUCCGUGCUGCAGGUGGAUCCGCCUGUGUUGCGCGAAGCCAGAGCCGUCAUCACCGUCUACUCGAGGACGGAGCUCUCCAAAUACGUUUCUAAUAAAGGUAUGUGA